GGAGAAGAUCGCAGACGAAGGCUCGCGAGCACACGCGCCACCAGAUCCUCUCCUCCUGUUGCCGCCACUCCCCUCUUUGCAUACUCCCAAUGACCAAGCUCAAGUCCCUGCAAUCGCGCAUGGUCAAGUCCGUCAAGGACCUGCGCGGGAGCCAGGCGCACCCGAACUCCCGCGCUGCGGCCAAGUUCUCGCGCUCCAGCCAGCGUAACAACAAGCUCCAGACCAAGCGCAAGGACCGCGACAGUCGCGAUGUCGAGACCCAGCGCUUCCUCUGGAUCCAGGAUAACCUGCCGGCCCAUGCCGAGCACGACGGUAUCACGCUUGAAGACAUGGAUGCCAUGAUCACCAGCUUCAUCUCCCGGCAUGUGGAUGCCCUGGUCGGGGGCUCGGCCCGGCCCGUGGCUGCUGGGCCUGGCGCCGGCAAGCGUCGGACGGCCAGUGCGGCCGACUCGCGUGCCACCUUGGCCGCGGCCACGAUCAAGGCCAAUGAGGCCUCCUGCCGGGCCGGGCAUUGGACCGUGCCGGAUCUUUUCAACAAGCCGGCCGCCUGCCGCGCUUUUCUCCUCUGGAAUGGCGACCGUGGCACCCUGAAGCACGUUGCCAAUCUGGUCACCUACUUCCCGGCCGAUGUGCGCAAGGAGCGCGGCAUCGAGUCUCUGGCCUCUUCAGAGCCCGAGCCGACCCCCGCCGACAAGCCGACGACUGGUGCCGCCGAUGCCGAGCCAGCGGCCGACAACAGCAUGUCCACCGACUGAGUAGCUCUCCUCGUGCCAGGGGUAUGCGCGGGUGCAGCUGUGCUCUCGUACCGUCUCUCUUCCUCGGACAGGAGGGGCAUCGGCAUCGUUGCUCGUGCUCUUCCCCCGCUGUACUCACACUCGGCUGCUUCUCCUCCAGGGUGAUGGCGCCACAAAACAAUGAAAUCUCCACGCGA